GUGUGUAUGUGUGUGUGCGUGGACUGAAACUUCAGGUGCAGACCGCGUUGAUUUGCUGAACAAGUUUCAGUCUGAGUUUGGCCUUCGUGUGGUACAGUACAUGUGCAACACUGGCCUUGUACAUUUAAAAGUUUAAAUUAAUAAAAAGAAAACCGCACCAAAAAGUGGCCAUAAACAAACCGACACCGCCGUUUUCGGGAAAGGGAAAGAAGCCGUCGUUAUUGUCGCUUUUGUUGACCUCAAGGAUAACCAGCUGACAUGCCACAUAAAUUGGAAUACUAGCAUUCGCGAACGAUACGAAUCGAACGUAUAUAGUGCUUAUAUAUAGCUACAGCUGCAUAUAUAUAAGAGAUUGGCAACAAAGCACCGCGCUUAACUGGGCAUUAAAUCGGGCCAAAAUGAAACAAUCGACGGCAGCCAAUUCGCAUUGGCUGGCCGCUUUGCUGUCGUCGCUGCUGCUCCUAAAUGUGCUACACUUAAUUGGAGCCGACGAGGCGUUUUCCUGUCCCAAUGGUUGGGAACUGCGCGGCUUAAAUUGUUAUAAAUAUUUCAAUAUCAAGCACUCGUGGGAUAAAAGCGCCGAACUGUGUCGAAGAUACGGAGCCGAACUGGUGGCCAUCGACAGCUAUGCGGAGAACAACGAGACCUUGGCCAUCGCCCGAGCCAGUGAUCCCAACCAGCGGGCUUCGGACAAGUACUGGCUGGGAUUGGCCUCCCUCGACGACCUGCGCACCAAUACGCUGGAGUCCGCAUCGGGUGCACUGAUCUCCCAAUACUCCGGCUACUGGUCGCUCCAUCAGCCGAAUGCCGAGUCCGGUGAGUGUGUGGCGGCUGCUUUCGCGGGCAAGUCACAGAGCUGGGAUCUGGGCACCUGUGAGUCCCUGCUGCCGUUCAUGUGCCGCGCCCAGGCCUGUCCACAGGGAGCACUCCACUGCGCCAACGGCAAGUGCAUCAACCAGGCCUUCAAGUGCGACGGCAGCGAUGAUUGCGGCGAUGGCACCGACGAGCUGGACUGUCCGGCACAGUGCCACUACCACAUGCAGUCCGGCGGAGAUGUGAUCGAGACGCCCAACUAUCCGCACAAGUACGGAGCGCUGAGCAAGUGCAAGUGGACGCUGGAGGGACCGCUGGGCAGCAACAUCAUACUGCAGUUCCAGGACUUCGAGACGGAGAAGACCUUUGACACCGUGCAGAUUCUGGUGGGCGGCCGCACCGAGGACAAGUCCGUCUCACUGGCCACGCUCAGUGGCAAACAGGAUCUGACCACACAGCCCUUCGUGUCUGCGUCCAACUUCAUGAUCGUCAAGUUUACCACGGACGGCAGUGUGGAGCGCAAGGGAUUCAGGGCCACGUGGAAGACGGAGGCCAAGAACUGCGGCGGCACACUGAAGGCCACGCUGCAGCGCCAGAUCCUGACCAGCCCCAACUACCCGAAACAGUAUCCCGGUGGCCUGGAGUGCCUCUAUGUGAUUAAGGCACAACCGGGUCGCAUCAUCUCCAUCGAAGUGGACGACCUGGAUAUCGCCGAUGGACGCGACUUCCUGAUGAUCCGCGAUGGCGAAUCGCCCAUGAGUCGCACCAUCGCCAAACUGACCGGAAAGACGGCGCAGAACAACCGCGUGAUCAUCUCCACGGGCAAUGCUCUCUACCUGUACUUCAAGUCCAGUUUGGGUGAGGCCGGCAAGGGUUUCAGUCUGCGUUACAUUCAGGGCUGCAAGGCCACGAUCACCGCCAGAAACGGCACCGUUACUUCACCAGCCUUUGGAUUGGCCGACUAUCCCAAGAACCAGGAGUGCUACUUCACCAUCCGCAACAAUGCCCGUGCUCCACUCUCCCUCAAGUUCGACAAGUUCACCGUCCACAAGAGCGACAAUGUCCAGGUGUUCGACGGCUCCUCCACCUCCGGUCUGCGUCUGCACUCCGGAAACGGAUUCACCGGCCCGGCGGCUCCCAAAUUGACCCUGACUGCCUCAUCCGGUGAGAUGCUCAUCAAGUUCACCUCGGAUGCUCUGCACAAUGCUGCUGGAUGGUCGGCCACUUUCUCGGCCGAUUGUCCGGAGCUGCAGCCCGGAAUUGGAGCCUUGGCCUCCAGUCGCGACACCGCUUUCGGUACGCUGGUCAGCUUUACAUGUCCCAUUGGACAGGAGUUUGCCACCGGCAAGACGCGACUGGUUACCGAAUGUCUGCGCGGUGGCAACUGGAGUGUCUCCUACAUACCCAAGUGUCAGGAGGUCUACUGCGGUCCUGUGCCACAAAUCGACAACGGUUUCUCCAUUGGCUCCUCGAACGUGACCUAUCGCGGCAUAGCGAUGUACCAGUGCUACGCCGGCUUCGCCUUCGCCUCCGGCGCUCCGAUCGAGAAGAUCUCCUGUCUGCCGGACGGCCGCUGGGAGCGACAGCCCCACUGCAUGGCCUCCCAGUGCGCCACGCUGCCGGAGGUGGCCCACGCCAAUGUGACGCUGCUGAAUGGAGGCGGUCGCAGCUACGGCACCAUUGUCCAGUACGAGUGUGAGCCGGGCUACGAGCGCAAUGGCCAUCCCGUGCUCACCUGCAUGUCCAACGGCACCUGGAGCGGUGAUGUGCCCAAGUGCACGCGCAAGCGAUGCUUCGAAUUCCCAACGAUCGCCAACGGCUUUGUGGUGGACUCGACGCGAGCCUAUCUCUUUGGGGAUGAGGCCAGGGUGCAGUGCUUCAAGGGCUACAAGCUGAUCGGCAGCAACAUCAUGCGCUGCAGCGAGGCCCAGAAGUUCGAGCAGCCGCCGACGUGCGAGGACAUCAACGAGUGCAGCUCCUCGCAGUGCGACCUGACCACCACCGAGUGCCAGAACACCAAUGGCUCCUUCCACUGCCAGUGCAGAACGGGAUUCACGGCCACCACCGAGUGCCGACCUGUCGGAGAUUUGGGCUUGGGCAAUGGUGGCAUUCCCGAUGACAGCAUCACCACCUCGCUGAGUGAGCCCGGCUACAGCAAGGAGCAGCUGCGCCUGAACACGAACGGCUGGUGCGGUGGCUCCUCGGAGCCGGGUGCCAACUGGAUACUCAUCGAUCUCAAGGCACCCACCAUUCUGCGUGGCUUCCGCACCAUGUCCGUGCAGCGACCCGAUGGCAAUGUGGCCUUCAGCUCGGCGGUGCGUCUGCAGUACACCAACGAUUUGACGGAUGUGUUCAAGGACUAUGCCAAUCCCGAUGGCACUGCCGUCGAGUUCCGCAUCCUGGAGCCCACGCUCUCCAUCCUCAACCUGCCCCUGCCCAUCGAGGCGCGCUACAUACGCUUCCGCAUCCAGGACUAUGUGGGCGCUCCCUGUCUGCGCAUGGAGCUGAUGGGCUGCACCCGCUUGGAUUGCGUGGACAUCAACGAGUGCAGCAAGAACAACGGCGGCUGUGACCAGAAGUGCAUCAAUUCCCCCGGAGGAUUUGCCUGUGGCUGCAACACCGGCUACCAGCUGUACACCUCCAACGGCACAGCUGGCUAUCACAUCGAGCGCUCCGAAUCCGGCGAACGUGAUGGCGACACCUAUCAGCGCAACAAGACCUGUGUGCCCCUGAUGUGUCCCGAACUGGAGGCGCCGGAGAACGGACAACUGCUCAGCGACAAGAAUGACUAUCACUUCGGCGAUGUGGUGCGCUUCCAGUGCCACUUUGGCUACAUCAUGAGCGGCAGCUCGGCGGCCCUGUGCCUCUCCAGCGGUCAGUGGAACGCCAGCGUACCAGAGUGCAACUAUGCCAAGUGCGUUUCCCUGCCCGAUGACAAGCUGGAGGGUCUAACUGUGGCCCGGCCCGAUCCCGAAUCCGUGCUGGUGCCCUUCCGUGACAAUGUGACCAUUACGUGCGGAGCGGCGGGUCGCCAACUGAGGGCCACCGCCUCCUCCGGUUUCCGGCAGUGCGUGUACGAUCCCAAGCCUGGUCUGCCCGACUACUGGCUAUCCGGUAUGCAGCCAUCCUGUCCCCGGGUGGACUGCUAUGCGCCCAUGCCCACGCCCGGCGCGGAGUACGGACAGUUUGUGGACACGCGCUAUCAGAGCAGCUUCUUCUUUGGCUGCCAGAACACCUUCAAGUUGGCUGGCCAGACGGGUCGUCACGACAAUGUGGUGCGUUGUGGAGCUGAUGGCAUCUGGGACUUUGGCGAUCUGCGCUGCGAGGGACCAGUGUGCGAGGAUCCUGGAAGACCGGCCGAUGGUCGCCAGAUUGCCCGCAGCUAUGAGCAGAGCUCGGAGGUGUACUUUGGAUGCAAUCGUCCUGGCUACAUCCUCAUCAAUCCGCGACCCAUUACGUGCAUACGCGAGCCGGAGUGCAAGGUCAUCAAGCCAUUGGGUUUGGGUUCGGGCAGGAUUCCGGACUCGGCCAUCAAUGCCACCUCGGAGCGACCCAAUUACGAGGCCAAGAACAUACGACUCAACUCCGCCACUGGCUGGUGUGGUAAGCAGGAGGCCUUCACCUACGUGAGCGUGGAUCUGGGACAGAUCUAUCGCGUGAAGGCCAUUCUGGUGAAGGGUGUGGUCACCAACGACAUUGUGGGCAGGCCCACGGAGAUUCGGUUCUUCUACAAACAGGCUGAGAGCGAGAACUACGUUGUGUACUUCCCCAACUUCAACCUGACCAUGCGGGAUCCGGGCAACUACGGAGAGCUGGCCAUGAUCACGCUGCCCAAGUUCGUGCAGGCGCGCUUCGUGAUCCUUGGCAUUGUGAGCUACAUGGACAACGCCUGUCUGAAGUUCGAGCUGAUGGGCUGCGAGGAGCCGAAGCAGGAGCCACUCCUCGGCUACGACUACGGCUACUCCCCGUGCGUGGACAACGAACCACCGAUCUUCCAGAACUGCCCGCAGCAACCCAUUGUGGUGCGUCGCGAUGAGAACGGCGGAGUUCUACCGGUUAACUUCACCGAACCCACGGCAGUGGACAACUCCGGAUCGAUUGCCCGCCUGGAGAUCAAGCCACAGAACUUCCGCACGCCCAGCUAUAUUUUCAAGGAUACGGUCGUCAAGUACGUGGCCUUCGACUACGAUGGCAAUGUGGCCAUCUGCGAGAUCAACAUCACGGUGCCCGAUGUCACGCCACCACUGCUGCAGUGCCCACAGAGCUAUGUGAUUGAGCUGGUGGAUCGCCAGGAUAGCUAUACGGUCAACUUCAACGAUACCCGCAAGAGGAUCAAGACCUCCGACGACACCGGAGAGGUGAGGCUGCAGUUCAGCCCCGAGACGGCCACCAUCAAGAUCGGAAACUUCGAGAACGUGACCGUCACGGCUACGGAUAAGUACAACAACCGCGCCGCCUGCCACUUCCAGGUCUCUGUGAAGGCCUCGCCCUGCGUCGACUGGGAGCUGCAGCCGCCGGCCAAUGGUGCCAUCAAUUGCCUGCCCGGCGAUCGCGGCAUCGAGUGCAUUGCCACCUGCAAGCCCGGAUUCCGCUUCACCGACGGCGAACCCCUGAAGACCUUCUCCUGCGAAACGUCCCGUCUGUGGCGUCCCACCUCCGUGGUGCCCGACUGCGUGUCCGAGAACACGGAGCAGGCCGCCUACCACGUGACCGCCGCCAUCACCUACCGCGCCAACGGAGCGGUGGCCCAAUCCUGUCUGGGUCAGUACCAGGAGGUGCUGGCCCAGCACUACGGCGGCUUGAACCAGUUGCUAUCGCAGCGCUGCUCCGCCGUGAAUGUGAACAUGAACGUGACGUUUGUGAAGUCGGUGCCCAUGCUGCUGGAGGAGAAUGUGGUCAAGAUGGACUUCAUCCUGUCCAUUCUGCCGGCGGUGCGUCAGCCACAGCUGUACGAUUUGUGCGGCUCCACGCUGAACCUGAUCUUCGAUCUGAGUGUGCCCUAUGCCAGUGCCGUGAUCGAUGACCUGCUGAACAUUGCCAACAUUGGCAACCAGUGUCCACCAUUGCGCGCCCUCAAGUCGCAGAUCUCGCGCGGCUUCAACUGCAAUGUGGGCGAGGUGCUGAACAUGGACACCAGCGAUGUGCCGCGUUGCCUGCACUGUCCCGCCGGCACGUAUGUGUCCGAGGGUCAGAACAGCUGCACCUACUGCCCAAGGGGCUACUACCAGAACCGUGACCGCCAGGGCACCUGCCUGCGCUGCCCGGCCGGUACCUACACCAAGGAGGAGGGCACCAAGUCGCAGGCGGACUGCAUACCCGUCUGCGGUUACGGCACCUACUCACCCACCGGACUGGUGCCCUGCCUGGAGUGUCCGCGUAACUCCUUCACCGCCGAGCCGCCCACCGGUGGCUUCAAGGAUUGCCAGGCAUGUGCGGCGCAGACCUUCACCUACCAGCCGGCUGCCUCGAACAAGGAUCUGUGUCGCGCCAAGUGUGCGCCGGGCACCUACUCGGCCACCGGACUGGCGCCCUGCUCGCCCUGCCCGCUGCAUCAUUAUCAGGGAGCCGCGGGUGCACAGAGCUGCAACGAGUGUCCGAGUAACAUGCGAACCGAUUCACCCGCCUCCAAGGGACGCGAGCAGUGCAAGCCGGUGGUCUGUGGCGAAGGCGCCUGCCAGCACGGCGGUCUCUGUGUGCCCAUGGGCCACGACAUCCAGUGCUUCUGCCCGGCCGGGUUCUCCGGUCGUCGCUGCGAACAGGACAUCGACGAGUGCGCCUCGCAGCCGUGCUACAAUGGUGGCCAGUGCAAGGAUCUGCCGCAGGGCUAUCGCUGUGAGUGCCCGGCGGGAUACUCGGGCAUCAACUGCCAGGAGGAGACCAGUGACUGUGGCAACGACACCUGUCCCGCCAGAGCCAUGUGCAAGAACGAGCCGGGCUACAAGAACGUGACCUGUCUGUGUCGCAGUGGCUACACCGGGGAACAGUGCGAUGUGACCAUCGAUCCGUGCACGGCGAAUGGUAAUCCGUGCGGCAAUGGCGCCAGCUGCCAGGCCUUGGAGCAGGGUCGCUACAAGUGCGAGUGUGUGCCGGGAUGGGAGGGCAUCCAUUGCGAGCAAAACAUCAACGACUGCUCGGAGAAUCCCUGCCUGUUGGGCGCCAACUGCACGGAUCUGGUCAAUGACUUCCAGUGCGCCUGUCCGCCAGGAUUCACCGGCAAGCGGUGCGAGCAAAAGAUCGAUCUCUGCCUGUCGGAGCCGUGCAAGCAUGGCACCUGUGUGGACCGCCUCUUCGACCACGAGUGCGUCUGCCAUCCGGGCUGGACGGGAUCUGCCUGCGACAUCAACAUCGACGACUGCGAGCACCGACCCUGUGCCAAUGAUGGCACCUGCGUCGACCUGGUCGAUGGCUUCAGCUGCAACUGCGAACCGGGCUACACGGGCAAGAACUGCCAGCACACCAUCGACGAUUGCGCCUCGAAUCCCUGCCAGCACGGCGCCACCUGUGUGGACCAGUUGGAUGGCUUCAGCUGCAAGUGCCGUCCUGGCUACGUGGGUCUCUCCUGCGAGGCCGAAAUCGACGAGUGUCUGAGCGACCCCUGCAAUCCGGUGGGCACGGAACGCUGCCUCGACCUGGACAACAAGUUCGAGUGCGUGUGCCGCGAUGGAUUCAAGGGACCACUGUGCGCCACGGACAUCGAUGACUGCGAGGCGCAGCCGUGUCUGAACAAUGGCAUCUGCCGGGAUCGCGUCGGUGGCUUUGAGUGCGGUUGCGAGCCGGGUUGGAGUGGCAUGCGCUGUGAGCAGCAGGUGACCACGUGUGGAGCGCAGGCUCCUUGCCAGAACGAUGCCAGCUGCAUUGACCUGUUCCAGGACUACUUCUGCGUGUGUCCUAGCGGCACCGAUGGCAAGAACUGCGAGACGGCGCCGGAACGCUGCAUCGGCGAUCCUUGUAUGCAUGGUGGCAAGUGCCAGGACUUCGGUUCGGGUCUGAACUGCAGUUGCCCGGCGGAUUACUCGGGCAUUGGUUGCCAGUACGAGUACGACGCUUGCGAGGAGCACGUCUGCCAGAAUGGCGCCACCUGCGUGGACAAUGGUGCUGGCUACAGCUGCCAGUGCCCACCUGGCUUCACCGGACGCAACUGCGAACAGGACAUCGUGGACUGCAAGGAUAACUCCUGCCCGCCGGGCGCCACCUGCGUGGAUCUGACCAACGGCUUCUACUGCCAGUGUCCCUUCAACAUGACCGGCGACGAUUGCCGCAAGGCCAUCCAAGUGGACUACGAUCUGUACUUCAGCGAUCCAUCGCGUUCCACCGCCGCCCAGGUGGUACCAUUCCCCACGGGCGAGGCGAACAGCCUGACCGUCGCCAUGUGGGUGCAGUUUGCCCAGAAGGACGACCGCGGCAUCUUCUUCACCCUAUACGGCGUGCAAUCCGCCCGCAUGACCCAGCACCGUCGUAUGCUGCUCCAGGCCCACUCCAGUGGCGUUCAGGUGUCGCUCUUCGAGGACCAACCCGACGCCUUCCUGAGCUUCGGCGAGUACACCUCCGUCAACGACGGCCAGUGGCACCAUGUGGCCGUGGUCUGGGACGGCAUCUCCGGACAGCUGCAACUGAUCACAGAGGGACUGAUUGCCAGCAAGAUGGAGUACGGAGCGGGUGGCUCUCUGCCCGCAUAUCUCUGGGCGGUGCUGGGACUGCCACAACCAUAUGCAAUGAGCAAUGAGCUGGCCUACUCGGAUUCCGGAUUCCAGGGCACAAUAACCAAGGCUCAGGUGUGGGCCCGAGCACUCGACAUUACGUCAGAGAUUCAGAAGCAGGUCCGCGACUGCCGUUCUGAACCGGUUCUCUAUCCCGGCCUCAUCCUCAACUGGGCGGGCUACGAGGUGACUUCCGGCGGAGUGGAGCGCAAUGUGCCCUCACUAUGCGGACAACGCAAGUGCCCCGUGGGCUACACGGGCGCCAAUUGCCAGCAACUGGUCGUGGACAAGGAGCCACCAGUGGUGGAGCACUGCCCCGGAGAUCUGUGGGUGAUUGCCAAGAACGGAUCCGCGGUGGUCACCUGGGAUGAGCCGCACUUCAGCGACAACAUUGGCGUGACCAAGAUCUACGAGCGGAAUGGCCACCGAUCUGGAACUACGCUGCUGUGGGGCACCUACGACAUCACCUACAUUGCAUCCGAUGCAGCCGGAAACACGGCAUCCUGCAGCUUUAAGGUUUCUCUGCUGACCGAGUUCUGUCCAGCGUUGGUCGAUCCCGUUGGUGGAUCGCAGGUGUGCAAGGACUGGGGUGCAGGUGGUCAGUUCAAGGUGUGCGAGAUCGCCUGUAAUACGGGUCUUCGCUUCUCGGAGCAGGUGCCCGAGUUCUACACCUGCGGUGCCGAGGGCUUCUGGCGACCGACGCGGGAACCCUCGAUGCCAUUGGUCUACCCAUCCUGCUCGCCAUCGAAGCCCGCCCAGCGUGUGUUCCGCAUCAAGAUGCUCUUCCCAUCGGACGUGCUGUGCAACAAGGCUGGUCAGGCGGUGCUCCGCCAGAAGGUGACCAACUCGGUCAAUGGCCUGAACAGGGACUGGAACUUCUGCUCCUACGCCAUUGAGGGAACAAGGGAAUGCAAGGACAUUCAGAUCGAUGUGAAAUGCGACCACUAUCGAGGUGCCCAGAACAACCGCGUGCGUCGUCAGUCCAAGGAUGGCGGUGUCUAUGUGAUGGAGGCCGAGCUGCCAGUGGUCAACGAUGAGGAUGACGAUCUGACAUUGACGGGUCGCCAGGGACGCCAACAAACUGGCGGCGAUACAUACACCCUGGAGAUAGCCUUCCCGGCUGCGAAUGAUCCUGUGGUGCACACGUCGACGGGCGAGCGUUCCAGUGUCAAGCAGCUGCUGGAGAAGCUCAUCCUCGAGGACGACCAGUUCGCCGUGCAGGAGAUCCUGCCCAACACAGUGCCGGAUCCGGCCUCCCUGGAACUGGGCUCGGAGUACGCCUGUCCCGUCGGCCAGGUGGUGAUGAUACCCGACUGUGUGCCCUGUGCCAUUGGCACCUUCUACGACAGUGCCAACAAGACGUGCAUCGCCUGCUCGCGCGGCACCUACCAGUCGGAGGCGGGCCAGCUGCAGUGCAGCAAGUGCCCGGUGAUUGCUGGACGACCGGGAGUGACUGCCGGACCUGGAGCACGCUCCGCGGCCGACUGCAAGGAGCGCUGCCCAGCCGGCAAGUACUUCGACGCGGAAACGGGUCUGUGCCGCUCCUGCGGCCAUGGUUUCUACCAGCCCAACGAGGGCUCCUUCAGCUGCGAGCUGUGCGGCCUGGGCCAGACGACACGCUCCACGGAGGCCACGUCUCGCAAGGAGUGUCGCGAUGAGUGCAGCUCUGGCCAGCAACUGGGAGCCGAUGGACGCUGCGAGCCCUGUCCACGUGGCACAUACCGCCUGCAGGGCGUUCAGCCAUCCUGCGCCGCCUGUCCGCUGGGCAGGACCACGCCCAAGGUGGGCGCCAGUUCAGUGGAGGAGUGCACCCUGCCCGUCUGCUCGGCAGGUACGUACCUGAACGCCACGCAGAACAUGUGCAUCGAGUGCCGCAAGGGCUUCUAUCAGUCGGAGUCGCAGCAGACCGCCUGUCUGCAGUGCCCGCCGAACCACAGCACCAAGAUCACCGGCGCCACCUCGAAGAGCGAGUGCACCAAUCCGUGCGAACACAUUGCCGAGGGCAAGCCGCACUGCGAUGUGAAUGCCUACUGCAUCAUGGUGCCGGAGACGUCGGACUUCAAGUGCGAGUGCAAGCCAGGAUUCAAUGGAACGGGCAUGGCCUGCACGGAUGUGUGCGAUGGCUUCUGCGAGAACUCUGGCGCGUGUGUCAAGGACUUGAAGGGCACACCCUCCUGCCGCUGUGUGGGCUCCUUCACGGGUCCCCACUGUGCGGAACGCUCCGAGUUCGCCUACAUUGCCGGCGGAAUUGCCGGAGCGGUGAUCUUCAUCAUCAUUAUUGUCCUGCUUAUCUGGAUGAUCUGCGUGCGCUCCACGAAGCGCCGGGAUCCCAAGAAAAUGCUAACGCCUGCGAUUGACCAGACCGGUUCGCAGGUGAACUUCUACUACGGCGCCCACACGCCCUACGCGGAGUCCAUCGCCCCAUCCCAUCACAGCACCUAUGCGCACUACUACGACGACGAGGAGGACGGCUGGGAGAUGCCCAACUUCUACAACGAAACGUACAUGAAGGAUGGUCUGCAUGGCGGCAAGAUGAGCACGUUGGCCAGGUCCAAUGCCUCGCUCUAUGGAACUAAAGAAGACUUAUACGACCGACUGAAACGUCACGCCUACACGGGCAAGAAGGAAAAGAGUGAUAGUGAUAGCGAAGUGCAGUAGAACAACGAUAAAUAACAGAUAACAGAUAACCAGCUGCUUUAAUGUAAAAUGUGGUCAUAAAUAACGAAUGGGAUGCAGCAGUGAUACCCACUGCCCCCCAAGAAUACUCACUGGCGAGCCUUGCAUUGAAUCAACGUAAUAGCUGCGGUCCAUCUACGAUCCAUCCAUCUAUAGUCCCCAUCUCGGAUAUUACGUGGCUUAAUGCCAGGCUUGGAGAGACGAGGAGGAGUCGAGCAGAGACGCGAGAUGGCUUAUAAUAUAGUAAUUCCCAUUUGUGCUUUUUAGGUAUGCAAAAAACUACAUGAAAUUAAGUCGAACUUAUGCGUAAUUUAAUGAAUGAUGAAAUAUUGUUUUAA